UUUAGUGAUGACGUAAUUUUGUAGGCACCCUAGACUGCAGAAAUAAAUUUGUGGGCCAACGGAUAUUUAUAACUGUUGAACAUUUGUUUUUCAUACAUUCCUCACUAUAUGACAAAAAUUUCAAUAUCUACGAGUCUGAAUUUAAUUUUCAAGAUUAAAUUGUGACGAUCUACGAACUACAACUCCCGUCGACGGAUUAUGACAUCAUUGAGCUGAGACGCUCACCGUGUGGCUUGUCAGACCAUGUGCGGACCUGGUGCGGACAGGCUGGCUAGCGCUUUGCGACAUAUUUUGAAGACUUGCACAAUUACCGACGAGGAGAGCUCAAAGCUACCUUGCUAAUUAGCUUACCAGCAUGGACCAACUUGAUGACAUUGCGAAAUCGACUUUGAAAGCUGCAAACAUAAGUGAGGAAGUCUUGGGCACCCUGUCUCGUGAGGACCUCCGGGAUCUCUUCCCAGGCCCAGAAAAUUUCUUUCGGAGAAAAGCGGUCUGGCAUGCCUGUCAUGCCUGUCGUGAUGAUUUCGAUGAGGAAGUUGGCAGAGACAGUGGUACCUCUGUUACCGAAUCACCUUUGCCACAAGCAUCCAUGCCACAAGCAUCCACUCCAGUGAAAGAGUGCCCUGCAAAGUGUAUGACUCCAGAAAAGACGGUCAAGUUGUCCUUUCCAGAGUAUGUGUUGCACACAGACUCUGAACUUGAACAAGUCCGAAAACAAUACUUUGAGUUAGCGAAAAAAGGCGAGGAGGGCAACUUUGAAAUGUCCAAGGACCUGAGAUGUCGACUCAUCCGAAACACUAUGACAAGCAUGAUUGCAAUCCUGAGGGCAAAAGGUGAUGGGGAUUCAGACAGAUACCCUUCGAAACCAGAAGUAACAGCGAUGGCCAAGAGAAUAGUCCAGUACUACCCCAUGCUCCAGGACAAAGGCAGCAAGAAGACAUCGUGGAUCACAGUGUACGCACAACUGUACAAAAGACUCCAAAAUGUGAGAUCCCCUCAAAAGGCGAGUCCAGGUGGAAGUCAGCCAAAGAAGCGUCGUGUUGGCCAACGAAGUGACACCGAUGAUUCAACUGACUCAACCAUUAUUUUGGAUCGCUCCUCAGAUGAAGGUGUCCUCCAGGAUUUAGGACACAAAGAAAGAGAAUUUCACAGUCCAGACACUGGAAGCCAAGCGACCACACCCACCAGGAGUUUGUCGCCGGCUGUCUCUAAUAAGCCUGCAGAUGUCAGUCCUCCAAAAAGGGACAGUCCAGCAAUCAUGGCCAAGCACUACAAGACCCUCCAGGCUUUGUAUAAGAAAAAGAAACCAAACCACGAGUCUGUCUCUCAGCUCCUGGACUUGGAAUUUCCAGCCAGACGAGCAUUCAUUGAUUCUGAUGCAAUUAGUGAGGAGAACAGACCUGGACAAAUUCUGGAGGCAUAUCCUUGUUUUAAGGAAAUUGGACAUGUGAUGGAAGAGCUUCGGCGCAUCUUGGACAAGGACAACACCCAAUACAUCAACCAGGUGAAGGAAAGAUGGCACGACUUCUCCCAGAACGUGCAGUUUUUUGGGAUGUGGAAAAAGCUGCUGAAAUCCCCAAUGGGAAUGGAGAAAACUGAACAGGCUGUUGGAAUCCUUCGUUUGCUGCCAUUGUUGUUCCCCUCUGGAUCUGCUCCGGUUAAGAAACGUGGAGAUCCAAGUGAAGCUCUUGUGCAUGUUCUUGAGGACAAUGAAGACCCCGGCACCUACUUGACGAAGCGCCCUCUCUCCUGUCCAGUGCUGAUUGUGAGUCCAUGCAACUGCCUCCUGGCCGUGGGAGAUGUGCCAGUGACGACGUUCCCAAAAGAGCAGGUCACCGAGGGUGCUUUACACCUCAUGGCCUACUAUUAUGCUCUACACCUCACUUACCCCAAGUGCAUAGCCACACUGCUUUCCAUCAUACAAACGGAGGUCCUUCAUGACGCCAUCCAUGAGAAAGACCUCACACCAGGUUACAAAAAGAGCCUGGCUGAAUGGAAAGAUUUUAUUGGCAAAUAGAGCAGAGCACCACUGUGAUGGCUAGUUAUUUGUGUUUGUAAAUAACGAGCCACAUGUUCAGACCCUGUUUUUGUUUUUCCCAUUGAUCAGAAAAAUCACAAUGUUAUUUCAUUCUCUGUUGUGCUGGGGGUUUUUCGUUGUUUUUUUAUUACUGUGCAAAAAAAGCAAAUUUUCAGUUUGAUGUUCUAUUCAAGUUAUUAAUGAAGUGUUGU